AUGAGCGACAGCCCGCCCUCGGGCAACAAGCGGGCGGCCGCGAGCCCGCCCGUCGCGGAACCGGAAGCCGACACGCCCGACGCGAAGAAGACCAAGCAGGGAUCCGAGCCCGUCGCCCUAGGAUACAAGACAUUCAAGAACGGCCGCGAGGCCACCGUUUACUUCCACAAAUUGGUCCAGGACUGGCCCGCGAACGUCGACCUGAAUCCGUACGAGCUCAACGUGGUCGAGUCGCUCCUGACGUCCGGGCACCCUGACUCGGCCAAGAAGGUCGGCGACGGCCUGCGCGCCAUCCAGGUCCGCGUGAACCACGCAUUCGACCCUCCGUCGCGCUGCUUCUUCGUCGUGCGCAAGGACGGCACGAUGGAGGAUUUCUCGUACCGCAAGUGCCUCGCGGGGGUGCGCGCGUUGUGA